UAGCAGACAAUGACAAUGUUGCUGGAUUGGCUCAAGUCGAUCAGGCGGCACACGGUCCACCCCGCGGCCUGCCAGGAGAAGGAAGCGGCGCCCAUACUGAAGGGGCCAUACGGUUCGUGGUGCACGCCUGAUACUACGCCGACACACGCAGCAUUGACACCAACAAAUCUUAACAAUGAAUCACACGACUGCAAUAAACGAAAUCUGUUCAACUUCCAAAAAGUCCAUCUUUUCACCACUCUUCCCUCCGAAUACACGACGAUCGACGAAGUUAACGAAUUAGCCACCGAACUGAAACAUUUCAAUGCCAAGUCUGAUGAAACUUUUGUGAAAGAAGAUCCCCCAGAGGAGCAGCCCGUACCGCCAGUGGAAAUUCCUCAAAGCCCGGUCCCAUCUUCGCCAGUUCGAGAAAAGAAAUGGAAAGGUUUGAGGUUGCCUUGCUGCGAUCCGUUCCUGCCUAUAGACCCGCAGGGUCGUGGCUACAUCAGCUGGCUUCUCCUAGUGACCUUCUGCUACGGCUACAACGCCUGGUGCAUCGUCCUUCGGGCCACCUUUCCUUACCAGACCCCUGAGAAUACUCCUCUGUGGAUGACCAUGGAUUACUUCUGUGACGUAGUGUACUUGAUCGAUGUAGCGCUGGUCAAGCCGAAGUUAAUGUACCUGCAUGAAGGAUUCUGGGUCAACGACCCUGUGGAGACCAGACGAAAUUACAAAAAGAAGUUGCAAUAUAAGUUCGACGUCAUAGCUCUCCUGCCACUCGAUCUGCUGUACUUAUACUUCGGCACCAGUAUGGUCAUACUUAGAUUCCCACGUCUAUUGAAGCUGCAGACCUUCUGGGAGUUCCAUCAGGCUAUGGACAGAGUGCUGUCAUCACCUUACAUCGUGAGAGUGGGCAAGAUGCUAUUUUACAUCUUCUACCUAAUCCACCUGAACGCAUGCGCAUAUUACGCGAUGAGCGCGUACAUCGGCCUCGGCUCCAACGGCUGGGUGUACGACAACCAAGGCAACGCUUACAUACGAUGCUUCUACUUCGCUACUAAGACCGCUACUUCUAUUGGAAAAAAUCCGAAGCCAGAGAAAACUGAAGAAUACCUUUUCAUGACGGCUGCCUGGCUGAUGGGAGUGUUCGUGUUCGCUUUGCUCAUUGGGCAAAUCAGAGAUAUUAUUGCCACUGCUACUAGAGCUAGGUCGGAAUACCGCAACCAAGUGGACGGGUGCACCGAAUACCUUCGCCGGCUCAACAUGCCGAGCACACUACAACGACGCGUCACCGCCUGGUUUAAUUACACUUGGAGUCAGCAGAGAUGCUUUGAUGAAGCGAGAAUUUUGGAUUCACUGCCAUACAAUAUGAAACGUGAUGUUGCCCUUGCUGUGCAUAUUACCACGUUGAGUAAGGUGCAGCUGUUCAAAGACUGCUCAGACUCUCUCCUUCGAGACCUCGUCCUGCAGUUACGACCGGUCUCGUUCCUACCUGGUGACAUCGUCGUGAGGAAGGGAGACGUCGGCCAUCAGAUGUACAUAAUCAAAUCUGGUGAAUGCUGUGUAAUGUCCCACGAUGAAAACGAGGUGCUGGCAACUUUAAAAGAAGGUUCGGUGUUUGGUGAAAUAAGUCUUCUGGGCAUCGACGGACUGCGACGGCGUACUGCUACAGUCAGAUCGCGAGGAUACUCGAGCCUGUUCGCACUGUCCCGAAGCGACCUGGACGCGGCGUUGAAACAUCACAAGGAAGCCGCCCACAUCUUGCGCCUGAGGGCCGACCAAAUGAUCAGGGAGAACGCGGCGAGGCAAGCGCAGCAGCGCUUCGCCGACCAGGAGGCCAGGAGGUCGGCGAAGCUC